ACAACCGCCACAUCUCUCCCGCAUCGCCUCGCGCCAAAGCAGACGCAUCACGCCUGCCCGCCUUGUUGCUGAGACAGCCGACGAGCGCUCGGAGCUGCUAUCGCCGAUCCGCCGACCGCAAUCCUAACGCGUCUGAUUGACAGGCGGUCAGCCUCGGCCAGCACCACGUCCCACGUCCACGUCUCACCACCGCGUCUUCACCGCGCCUGUCUGUUUUCUCCGCAUCCAGUCCGCCCGCCAUGUCUACCCCGGGCUCGGACCCGGGCCAGCACCUGGCCGUCGUCGGCGUGCCCUCCAGGCCUGUCACCCCCGGCGAUAUCGACAGCGCCAUGGCCGUCUCGCAGGUCACCCUGCCCUCUACUGAGCCGCCGGCGUCACCCAUGGACCUGUCAGCCUCCUUCAAGACUGAGCUCAACGACGACCGACUCGAGCCGCCAUCCAUUAUUCCCUCGUCGCUGACGCCACCUCCUUCAUCCCAACUCCUGCUCGGGCCCAGCGGCCCCAAUCCUCCGCAUCUGCUGGGCGAGUUUGGACCCCCGCAGGAGUCGAGCAUUCUCUCGCCGCCCAUCACGGGUCUGGUCGGCUCGAGGAGGGACUACACUUUUGGGGGCGCCGAGUACGUCGCCCCGACGCCGUCGCAGGUGAUACAAGCGCCAGCAGAUGAGCUUCGAUCCAUGAUGCAGGCCUCCAUAGCAGAGCACGCGCGGUUGAAGAUGGAAGCUGCCCACUUCAAGCUCCAGCACCAGCUUCUUUGCAUACAGUACGACGAGGACGCCAAGCGGGCCGAAGUCGAGCACGAAAUGGUGAGGCGGGAGAUCGACGCGCUGAGAACAGCCGAGCACUCCCGUCAGGCGAGGCGCGAACUCAGCUCGGCCACAGAGUCUCUCCAGGCCAAGUACUCGCAGCUUAGGCUGUGGUACGAUGAGGCCAUUCAGGAGAACGAAGCUCUUCAUAAACGACUCAAGGGUGCGAAAAAAUUGAUACAGCACAAGGAGGAGGAAAUCAACGCCCUCGCAGACGAGAAGGAGCUGCUGCUCAACCGACUCAGGGAAAACAGAGAACACUUUCAUCUGCUAUGCAGUCCCGGCGGGCUUUUCCAUGGUGCCGUGACGCCCAAGGCCCAGGCUGCUGCCACGACACCGGUCCAGCCUCCCAGGCAGGCCUCACGCCAGACCCCCAGGUCGGCCCAGCAGCAGAACCACCAUCGCGACGGCUCCCGUGCAGAGCGGGAGCAUAACGAGGCACCUUUUGCGGCGCUCCUCCAAGUCCUGAAUCAGGAGAAUAACAGCGCACCCUCGACUCCAAUCACAGCACACAGGCCAGCACCUCGGAUAACUUCUAAACACACGCGCAAUGUGCAGUCCAUGUCGUCGUUGCCCACUACCCCAGCAGCCCGGCCGGGCCGUGAGUAUGGAGGCUUGCUACCGUCGGCAGACCUGGUACCUCAGACUGAGCCACCCCGGUACCAGAGCCGCGUCCUAAUCCCAGAAACGCCUCUUAGGAGCGCAGGUCGCAGGAGCCGCGAGAGCACCAUCUCGGCUGAAGACCACGAGGAGCCUGUGGACAACCAGGAGCUUGCACGGCAAGCCUUGUCGUUCGCAGUGGCCGCCGCGACAUCUCACGCCUCCCACCAGUCCAGCGGCUCUCGUCGUGCGGAGCCGCACCCAGGCGAUCAGGACGAGGAAGAAGAGGUGUUUGAAAGCCAAGCCAGCCAGGCCGCGUCGGAGAUGCUCCGGCGCGACCCCCGCGAGAGCUUUGACGUUGCCAGCUCCGCGGGCGGGUCGCGAGAUCCGACGCCCGCCCCAGCCGAGAAGAGUGCGCGGCUGCAGGCGCGGCUGUUUGCCGGCACCGCUGAAAAGAGGAAGUUCAGCGGUGGCCACGAUACUAGCGCCUCGGAGAUGCCCAGGUCCGACGUGGUGAGCCCUACUAAGAAGUUGAGGAUGGCGGGCGGCCUGAGGGAGGUCGGCCUGGGCAUCCAGUACGAUCACAACGCCUGAUUACUCCGAUGCUGCUGUUCGAUGCACUGUAACCAUAACGCCAGAUAUAAUACUUGCAUACCAGGGCGAUGUCUUUUUUUUUUUUUUUUUGGAUUUUUUUGGAUUUUUAUGC